CCAACUUAAUUGUAACCACUCGUCUUUUCUCACCAACUCGGUCAAACACCGUGCAAUAUAAAACUAGGAAAACAAAGAGGGCCCCGAGUCAAUUGCACCCUCUCCUCACAACCCCUCGUUUAUAUUCCAUCGCUCCUUCGUUUCUCUUUAUUCAUUUUGAUUUUGUAGCAAAAAGACCCUUUUCAUUUACAACUAGAACAAGUUCCCCAAUUUGUUUUUGUCUCAUCUGCUUUGAUCUCUCUCGCUUCGGCUUUGCGGAUAGUUAGAAACUAACCCGUAUGGGUAGAUCUCCUUGUUGUGAGAAAGAGCAUACCAACAAAGGUUCAUGGACAAAAGAAGAAGAUGAGCGUCUCAUCAACUACAUCAAAGCUCAUGGUGAAGGCUGCUGGAGAUCUCUCCCCAAAGCUGCUGGUUUGCUUCGAUGUGGAAAGAGUUGUAGACUUAGAUGGAUAAACUACCUAAGGCCCGAUCUCAAGAGAGGAAACUUCACAGAGGAAGAAGAUGAACUCAUUAUUAAACUUCAUAGCUUACUUGGAAACAAGUGGUCUUUAAUUGCUGCAAGAUUGCCAGGAAGAACUGAUAAUGAGAUCAAGAACUACUGGAAUACUCGUAUCAAAAGAAAGCUUUAUAGCCGAGGAAUCGAUCCUCAAACCCAUCGUCCGCUCAAUUCAGUUUCUAGCACAGUUACUAUCAGCACAAACAAAACGAGUAACAGUAACAACAACAGCAGCACCAGCAGUAGCUGCAGCUUCAAUAACAAUAAUAGGUUUCAAUUAGACAUGAAAUACUCAGCGGUGCCGUUGAUGCAAGUGCCUGCAAAUAUUAAGAUUGGAGCAGACUCAGCAGAAGAUUCCAACAGCAGCAGUGGAGUAACUACUGAAGAAGUUUUCGCACAACUCAAUCUUGAACUCUCCAUUGGGCUUCCAUGCCAAUCUCAAGUUUCUUCUACCAACUUAAAUGAGUCGCAGCGGCAGCAACAAGUCUCCUAUCAAUUGUCUCGACCAACAACUCCAGCUGUGUGCUUAUGUUACGGUCUAGGGUUUCAGAAAAGCCAGGUGUGUAGCUGUAGUGCCAUGGCAACUACCGUUCCAGCUGAUUCUCUCUACAAAUAUUACUCAACAUCCACGAAUUCUUGAAUCUCAGAAAAUAGUUUCAUUGACAUGAAAGCUGUGAUAUGAAAAUCAACCAAAUUGAGAACCCAAAAAUAUGGUUGCAACUCGCAAGCUUAAAAACUUCCUAAUAUUGCAGAAAAUUUUGCCCAAAUUAUUGAUAUUACUGAGCUUUUUACAUGAAUACAUGUACACCAGAAAAAGUGGAAAGUAACUUUUGUCAUCUGAUGAUCUACUGUCUUUUUGUGCCGAAGGAAAUGUUAAAAAUGACCAUUGCGGAAGUUAAGAUCUUUGACUUGAUUCACCAAUCUGCAACAAGAUCACACAUGCGGAAAAUGUUUAGUUUAUCACAGUAUAAAUCUUCAAGUUGCACAGAAUUUUGCCUUUUAGAGCAUUGCUCUUGUAUUUUAGAAUUAGCAUAUUUUUCUUUCGUUCUUUACAUUCUUAUUCUUUUUCUCUUUCUUUCUUAAUUUUUUUUCUUCUAAUUUGUGUUAUGGUAGAGAGCAAUUUCCCUUAUGGUCAAAAUCCAUUUAAGUCUUUCUCAGCUCCAACCAACAGCUUAACCUCCCAUCAUCGGAGUUGUCUUUUUAGAACGUGCGGAAUAACUUCAAAUAUAUAUGUUAAUUGCAUUUAGCUAUAUCUUUUGGUACAUGGAUUAUGUUUUUCUCAGCUAAAUUCAUACAAAAGAAAAAAAAAAAAAAAAAGGG